CUGACCUUUGAACCAUGAAGACUUUGUUAGUACUCGCGAUCUGCUUAGUGGUGGCCCAGGCCCUGACCGACGAACAGAAGGAGAGACUCAAGAAGCACAGAUCAGAAUGCCUCACGGAAACCAGUGCUGAUGAGCAACUGGUGAACAAACUGAAAUCUGGCGACUUUAAGACCGAAAAUGAGCCUUUGAAGAAGUACGCGCUGUGCAUGCUUACAAAGUCCGAGCUGAUGACCAAGGACGGGAAAUUCAAGAAGGAUGUCGCACUCGCCAAGGUCCCUAACGCAGCUGACAAACCAGCAGUCGAGAAGCUGAUCGACACUUGCCUGGCCAACAAAGGCAACACCCCCCACCAGACCGCGUGGAACUAUGCCAAGUGCUACCAUGAGAAGGACCCCAAGCACUCCAUCUUUCAAUAAACUACCCGCAGUAACCAAAAACCUUCGUCUUCCACAUAGAACGGACUGGGCCCGCAAUCCAUCGAGAAGGAAUUUACGCGGCAAAUAUUUGAUAUUGAAUUCGAAAUUUGAAUUCUCCAAUGAAAUACAACAGAAGACAUCGGACAUUAUUGCCAUGAAAAACAGAAUGCUUGCGACUGAUCUCGUUAUGUGCAAUCCGGGCCCUGAAACUCUAUAACAGACAUCUCUCUUAACGCUCCUCACAACCAUUUUAAUGACGUCUAUAUUGACAGUUGAGUUUUGAAUGUGUCAAAUUGUACGUCACAAAACUAUGUUAGCGACGUUAGGAUUAGGUCUAUAUUCACUAUGAUCAACCUUGACAAUUCUUGUAUUGACGUCAAAAACACUAUUACAGAUAAUGAAGGUUUUGCUGACAUGACGUAUCCUUUACUUCGCAGACAUUCCAAACUUUUCAUACUUUUAUUUUCCUUCGACGCGGAAUUUUAGUUGCGCUAGCUGACAUUUGGUAAUGACUACGUACGGUUCUAGAAACUAAAUCAAAGCAUUUACUGACUGCUGACAAUUUUUACAAUUUUAAUUAUACUUAGUUUCUUCAAAACUUAAAGUAACAUGUAACUGCCGAUACGAAUUUAAUAAAGUUUAAUUUGGUAUUA